AUGUCUUCGAGAGGUCAGCCCAACCCCCCCGGCACCGACGUCCUCCUUAUAACGGUAAUGAGUAUACGCCAGAAAGAGGAGGCCACUAAGGCAAACCUCGCCCACAUGGAGCGGCAGCUCGCCGAAAUGCAACGAAAGAAUAAGUCUCCCUCUGAGAAGAACCCUAUAAAAAGAAGGAUCGCUAGACUCAGAACCGAGCGUGAUCAAUGGCCUGAGACCAUAGCGGACGUGCUCACGCACUGGCUGCUUUCUCUACCGUCAGAUCCUUCGGGCCCACUCCCCACCUUGCCUCAGGAGGUCAAGAACCAGAUUCCCGCGUCCCUUAGCAAUACUCGUAUCGCACGGAUCGAGCAGGAGGCCUAUAAAAAGAUCCAGGAGAAGAUGAAGGAGGAGGCCGCGCAUAACGCCCAGCGUAGCAGCCACAGCAGCAGGAGAUACGCCUAGCUUGCUUAGGAGAGCGAGGGUCUAGAACUCUCGAUACUGGUAGAGGUAGGAGGCGGAUGGCGGUGAUAGAAUGGAAGACGCCGUAGGUGGGAGUUCGUUGGCUUGCGAUGCCCGCCUAGGUACUGUAGGUAGAUACUUUAGUUGGAUCUAGAGUGGCAUAAGUAGAGUCGGAGCAGACCGGGGAUAAAGGGG